CAUAGUGUCGUACCAAAAACCCCAAAAACCGAGUAAUUAUCUACAUUAUUUCACAAUUUUGAAUUUUUUAACCGUGAGAAUUAUAAAAUAGUUCUAAAUUUUUAUCCCUUUAAUUACUUGUGAGACCGAAGUGUUCUUUUUAUUUCCUAUAUGUCCCUAAUGAAAUACAAAAUGUUGUAUAGUUUACUGAAAAAACAUGGUGGGUCGACUUACGUGUCAAUCCUGGUCAAACAUUCUUAUCCCCUUUUUUCAGCGAUAUAAAUCAGUUUAUAAAUGAUUAAUAAUUUUUAAAAGGGGAAAGAAGCUCGGGUUAAAAUUCCAAAAUAUUUAAACCGUCAUUAUUCUAAAUUACAGAAACACUGCCGUAAAAAAGUGUUAUCCUAACCUCAAUUUCUUUUCGUGAGCUGUCAGUGUUAUGUGCAACUCUAAUGUCAAAAACUAACUUUUGUAUAAAAAAGUGACCACUUUUUCCUUAAAUUUAUAAACAUAAAAGUGACUUUCAGUGUGUUAAUUUAUAAUAACUUUUCAUCCAAAAUGUUUACGCAAGAAUGGUUGUUUUCGGAUAUGAAAGGACGAAAUAUUUUUGCCAAAUAAGGACGGUAAUUUGAGUGAUUUUAGUGUUUUUUGACAUUUUGUGACAGACUGAUUGCCAGAUAAUGUUUAAAAAAUUUAAGGACAAAUUAGCGGAAGAGAUGAAACAAUCGCCUGCAAGAUUACAGGCGAGCAUGCAGCAGUUGGCUCAGGCUGUGUCUCCGGCACUGUCAAAUACUUCAAUUCAAGAUAUUUCCGCAUCAAAUGAUAACUUCAGUUUAACAGAGGAAAUUGAUGAAACUCCAAAGAAUAGCCCAGCAAGGCAUGGAUUCCAAAAUGUGGACUUGACCUCACCUUCAGGAGUUUCUAUGGGAGUUUCCCGAAAAUCUUCUAUAAGUAGCGUUACGAGUGACGCUCCAUCCCUUUUUCCAGUCUAUGAAAGUCCCGGAAAUAUGUACCAUUUGCAGUCGGAUAUGGACCAAUCAGCUAGUGAAUUGGAUGACAUGGUCAGUCCUCAACUCGACAGAGUAACGAAAGACCAAUUAUAUUCUGCUUAUCGGAAAGUUCAAACAAAAUAUCACAAAUAUCGAAGUCGGUAUACCGAUCUCGCGACACAUUACCGUGAGAUGGAAAGAGAGAAGAAUAAACUGGAGGCGAAUUUAGUCGAGACGCAAGAUAAAGCUUUGAGGAGGAUUUCGGAUUUGAAAGAACAAUGCCAGCUUGAACAGCAAGCAAAAGCGCACUUGGAGGAUGCUUUGAGAAAUGAUAUAGAAGAAAAGGAUCAUCUGAUUAACACCUUGAAUACAAAAAUAGCACUCCUGCAAUCAAAUAGCCAGCAGAAUUCCGAAAAGAAUUCACCGGAUCCUGGAGAUAACGCCGAAAAUCACAAAGCCGAAAUGCUGAUAGACUUUGACAGUGAUUCUCAGCCAAAAUCGAGCGAUGCUUCUUUAAAAUCCAACGAGCAGUCAAUGCUCUCAACAGAGAACGUUCUUCUAAAAGACAAGCUCCAAAGCCUGGAGAAGCUUAUAGAAAAGUACAAGGAUAUGUUGAAACGAGGCAAGGAUAAAAUCACCCAGUUGAAUAAAGAGAAAAGCCUUAUCGAGAGCGAUUUCAAUACUCUGAAAACAAACAGCGAGGAAAGAUUUAAAAUUCUCGAGGCCGAUCUGAACGCAGCCAGGGAACAAAUUCUAAAUCUUGAGGGUGACAUUCAGUCUCUGCGAAAACGAGAAGAAGAAUCGAUGAUUUCUCUCGCUGAAAAUAAGCUUUCGAUUCACCGGGAGUUGGAAGAUAAAGAGGAGCAGAUUAAAAGACUCACUCUGGAGGUAAAACAAAUAAGCGAGGAGAAGGAAAAUCUGCGUGAAAGUCUGGAGAAAUACAAGAGCGAACUGGAGAAGAAGUCACUGUCGGAGAAAAAAUUGGAAACUGAGACUAAAGAGCAGGAAAAUUCGAAAAAGAAGACGGAAGCCUUGAAGCAAAUGCAGAAGGAAAUGCAGCAGCAAGUUGUCCUUCUUCAAGGAAAAUAUCACAAGGAGGUCGAUCGCAAUAAAGAGCUUCUGACAAGAUUGGAAGAAAUUGAGAAGAGAUCGGUCGAGAAAAAUGAAGCCGAGUCUGUGAAAUUCUCCGGGUUUAAAAAUAAAAUCGCAGAACUUGAAAAUCACUUGCAAACCGAACGGAAGUUGAAUCUCGACUUGAACGAAAAGUACCAGGAAUUUAAGAGCGCCGAGGAAGGGAAUAGAAGAGCUUUGGGAAACUUAGUCGAGGAGUUGCAAACGUCGAAAAAAAGUUUAGAAGCCGAGAUUGAAGAAUUGGGUAGAGUUAUUCGCGAAAAGGAGGAGGCUUCGGAGCAAUUGACCCUGAAGAUUGAGGAGCACGCAGCUGCUCUCGAAAAAGCGAAACAGAAUUUGGCAAAGCAGGAUGAGGAGAUCAGAGUUUUUAGAGAGAAAGCCGAUCUUCUGGAAAAAGGUGAGAAGAUCGAGAAUAACGAGCAGGUCGAUAGACUAAGAGAGGAAUUGGAAAGUAAAGAAGGGGUGGUUGCGAAUUUAAAAGAUGAGCUUGAUUCUUGCAAAAGGGAGAUAGAAUCUCUGAAUCGGGAGAAGAAUUCCCUUUUCGCUCAGAUUACAAUUUGCAGGAAUUCGAUUUCUAAAAUGAAGCAAGAGUUCUUGAAUUUAAAAAAUAACGUUAAUCUUGAUAUCGAGAACGGAAAAACUGCAAUUUCACAUUUCCUCAAUGAAAUUUCAAUUAGUUUCCCAGUGAUUUUGGAGGAAAAGGCGGAACUGAAAAAGAAUAAUGAGGUUUUGAAUUCGAAAUUGGAAGAUUUGAUGAUGAAGUACAAAAAGGUUGAUUUGGAAUUGAAGGAGGCUAGGAAUCGAUCAGAUAAAUUAGAAAAAGAGGCGAAGAAGAGGGAUAAGGAGCUGGCAGAUUUAAAUUUGAAGGCCGAUAGUUUUGAUGCGCUCAAAUCGAGGAAUGAGAAGCUGAUCGCCGAAAUUGAUACUUUGAAUUUCAGAGUUUAUGAUAUCGAAAUUUUGGAAGAAGAGAAGAAAAAGCAGAAGAAAUCUCUAGAAGAUUUGAAUCGUCUGAAUGAAGAAUUGAAGAAGGAGUUGAGCGAAAUUAAGUGUACCUUAAAUGAGAGAAAUGAGAAGGAAUCUAAUUUGGAUGGAGAAUUAAACGAGAUGAAGAGAAAGUACGAGGAGACGGAGAAUUCGAGGCAAAUUCUCGAAACGGAAGUUGUGAAAGUUUCUUCUUUGACGGAGGAACUUCGUCUUCAGAGAUCCGAACUCGCGAAUUUGACGAAUCAGAAUUCAGAGUUGAGAAAUUCGGCCGAGGAAAUGCAGGAAACGUUAACGGGGAAAAACGAGUUGAUCAAGAAAUUAAAGGGGAUUAAGGAAAAGCAGAGUAAAACGAUUAAGGAUCUGAAUUCUCAGAUUGAAGAUUCCACGAGGAAAAUUUCCGAGAUGGGCAAAGAAGUCGAGGAUCUGAAAGAGAAGUGUAAUGAGUUGGAAGUUUUGAGAAAAGAACAUUCUUUAAUUUUUCCCGAGUUCGAGAAUUUAAAGGAUCUCAAUAGUAUACUUAAUUCCGAGAAUAAAGAUUUGAAGGAUAAGAGAAACGAAUUGUUGAAGUUGAAUGAAGAGUUAGAAAAAUCAGAAGGUCUCUUAAAUAACAAGAUUUUGAAUCUGGAACAAAAGGUCGAAGAAUUGUCAAAUGUGAAUAAGAAGCUAGAGUGCGAAUUUCAUUCGCAGAAAUCUGCUUCCGAAACUUUGAGAGAAGAAUUGAAGGAAUUGGAGGAUCUAAAGGGAAAGAAUCUGGAGGUAAUCAAUGAAAAUGAGGAAAUGCGAAAUGAAAUCGAAAAGUUGAGGGAGACUUUGAGAGAUACGGAAAAUCUGGGAAAGAGAGUGGAGAAUUUGGAAGGUGAGAAGGAAAUCUUGAGUAAAGAAGUGCUUGAAUUGAAAACAGUUGAGAGUAAAAAGAAGGAAUUGGAGAGUGAAAUUGAAAUGUUGAAAAAAGAAAUUUCGCAGAUGGAGGAAUUAAAAAAGAGGAAUGGGGAACUAGAAAAUCGAAUAGGUGACUUGGAUCUCAAGAUUCUGAAAUUAAAUGAAUUGGAAGCAGAAAAUGUGGAAAAGGGUUCAGUUUGUAGUGAAUUAUCGUCGAGACUUGGCAAUUUAGAAUUGGAAUUGGAGAAGAAAGAUGCAGAAUUGAAAGAAAGGAAUUCGGAAUUGAAGGAAAAGAAUGCAAAGUUAAAAGAAAAAGAUUUGGAAUUGAAAACUUUCAGUGCAGCGAAUAUAAAUUUAAAGGAAGAAAUCAAUCAGAAUAUUUCCAAACUUUCGAUGAUAAUGGAAGAAAAGGAGAUUGAGUUUGAAGAAUGGAGAAAUAGGAUUGCCGAUUCGGAGCGAAGGAUUCAAGAGAGGGAAGCAGAGAUACUUUCGAUGAAAGAGGAGAGAGGGAAUACAAUUGAGGAGAGAGUCCAGCAGAGUGAAGAUGAAUCGAAAUUAAAGAGGGUGGAAAAAUUAGAAGAAGAUAAUAGAAAAUUAGAAGCACAAUUGGACGAGGCUUUGAUAACUUUUCAAUCGAAAGAGUCGCAGAUGCAGAUUUUGAAUGACGAUUUAAAAACGCAGAUUGAAAAGUUGAAGGAGGAGGUAAAAGUUGGGGAGACUGAACAGGGAUUAAGAUUGAAACAAUUGGUCAAGGAAUUCCAGGCUCAACUUCAUGAUAAGGACGAGGAAUUGCAGGCUGCAUUGGAUAAAAGAUUUGAUCGACAGCAGAAUUAUGAAACUGAUUUAAUCCAGCAAUACAGAGAACAACUGAAGGAUUUUCAGGUUGAGUUGACACUGAAAUCAGAGCAGAUUGAAAAUUUGAUUCUCGAAAGUAAAGAGUCUUCGCAGCAGAAGCAAGGAGAGAUUGAUAAAUUACUAGAGACUAUUGUACAAAUUAGACAAGAGCAUGUAAAUGAAUUACAAGAAGUAGAGAAGAAGUGGAAGGAAGCGAUUAAACAAAAAUCCGAAAUGAUAGAGGCGAAGCAUGAAGCGGAAGUUAAUGAAUUGACGAAAGAGUGGCAAAAUGACCGAAGGAUUGAUUCCAAUUCCGAAGUUCCUAUUGAGGAUUUGGAAAGUACGUCCCGUCUAGCAAUGGCGGCUGUUCAAUCCAAUACCGGUUCAUUCCACACUUUGCAGCAAACUUUAGCCUCACAAAGAAGAGAACUAGUAGAAUUAAGAAAAUUAGUUAAAUUAAGACACGAUGCCGUGGAGGAUUCCACGGAAAUCGAAUACCUCAGGAAUAUUUUAUUCGAGUAUAUGAUGGGCAGAGAAACGUUGGUUCUUGCGAGAGUGAUAUCAGCCGUUGUUAAAUUCGAUCACGAGCAAACCACGAAAGUUUUGAAGAAGGAAGAAGACAAAAUGACGCUGCUUGGAUCCCUCGGUUUGUCUUAAAAUUUAGUACAGAACAUAACAAUUAUUGUAUAUGUAUUAAACACUAAAUGUAAAUUUCAUCCACCAACAGCAUUUUCAAUGUCGAAGAAAAUCACACCUGAUAUUUAUUAAUCCAGAAAAUCGUCCUUAAUAUACCAAUCGUGCAUUUUUUCACUUACGUUUUAUGACACAAAAAAUGUUAUGUAUAGAUAUUUGCAAUGAAUGAUGUGAGUCGUGUGCAAUGUAAAAAUCGCGAAUUGUAAAUUAGUUAAUAGAAUGUCUAAAAAUGAGCAAAUUUACAAUUCUGUGAUUUUAGGAUUACUCUUUAUUUAUAGAAUUUCCGGGAAAUGGAAGUACAAGUCUUUUCAAUUUAUAUAAUAAGUUUUGAAAAAAUGAUCAGACUUGUUAUAAUUGUACAUAGGGCUAUAAUUUUCUUUUCAAUUGUGAAUGAAGGUAUUUUACAACAAAAAAAAGUUUAUAUGGCUUUUGAAAACUAUAAAAGAUAUGAAAUUAUCUAAAUUUGAUAGAAAAGAUCUGGAAAACUGAAUCUGAAUUUUAUGGAAUUUCAUGCAAAAGCCCAAACUACAUGCUCCCUAAUUCAGAAUAAAAAGAAUAACAAAAUAA